AUGGCAGAUAAAGUAAUCAAAGAAAGGAUUAAAAAGCGUGAGCGCAUGUUUGUGUCACUGAAAAGGCACGCGCAAUUUUUGGAAUCAUACAGUGUGGAAACGCAUAGUGGACAAAUAUCAAGCAGGUUGGAAAAGUUGGACAAAAAAUGGGAGGAAUUCGAAACCGUACAAGAGGAGAUUGCGGAUCUAGAUGAAAAUGGAGAUCACGAGGAAGAAAGUAACAGAGCUCACGAAAGAUUCGAGAACCAGUAUUUUGAAAUUCGUGCGGCGUUGCUCGAGAAAACGUUACCAACUCGCCCUGCAGAAAAUCUAGACACUACGAUGGGACGAAACAACAGCGGCAUGGGAUUGCAUAGCGGAGUUCGUUUGCCCCAGAUCACGUUACCGGAUUUUGAUGGGAAUUAUAGAAGCUGGCUGUCAUUCAAAUCUACUUAUGAGUCUCUCAUUCAUGAAUCGGUGGAACUAAGUGACGUCCAAAAAUUUCACUAUCUGAAGUCAGCGUUGAAAGGCGAAGCUGCAAAACUCAUCGAAUCGUUGACCAUCACAAAUGGUAAUUAUGCGAUAGCAUGGGAGACAAUUACAAAACGAUACUCCAAUGAAUACCUCUUAAAAAAGCGUCAUGUACAAGCUCUGAUAGAAUAUCCAAAAAUUCAACACGAGUCGGCAAUUGCAAUUCAUGGCUUGGUGGAUGAAUUCGAACAGCGCUUAAAAAUACUAACACAACUGGGCGAAAAGACGGAGAGCUGGGGAGCAUUGAUUGUUCAUUGGAUGUGCUCAAAGCUCGAUUCCCAGUCUUUAAAGCUAUGGGAGGAUCAUGCGGCCUCGGUAGACGAGCCCACAUUCGCCGUUUUGAUUGCUUUUCUAGAAAAGCGUACUAGAGUUUUGGAUGCAUUAUCGUCGAGCAAUGUGGAGGCAGAAAAAUUUGAUCAAAAAACUACAAACAGUCGUCCAAGAUUAGCUGUAAAUGCUGCUACAAGUAACGAACGACCAACUUAUAAAUGUCCAUGUUGCGGGGAUGACCAUUACAUGGCUCGAUGUGCUAAAUUCUUGAAAUUAAACAAUAAAGAGAGGUUGGAUCUCAUAAACGCUAAACGACUUUGCAGCAAUUGUUUUCGCACGGGUCAUUGGGUGCGAGAUUGUAAUUCGGCUUUCAACUGUAGAACGUGUGGUAAGAAGCAUCAUUCGCUGAUUCAUCCCGGUUUUCUAGUUAACGACAGUCAAUCAACAAGGCAGCCGUCAAACGAAGCGAGGGAAUGUAACGUAGCUACGGGCGGUGAAGACGAGGAAACAAUUGUAGACGAGGAGCAUCGAGUAGGAUCGUAUAGCGUCGGAACAAAGCAUGGUCGCUCGUAUGUUUUUCUAUCCACGGUAGUCUUGGCAGUACGAGAUCAGAAUGGUGAAAUGCAUUUAGCUAGAGCGCUGCUGGAUAACGGUUCACAGGCAAAUAUAAUGAGCGAGAGGUUGAGUCAGAUACUAAAGUUGAACCGAAGAGCGGUUAACAUCCCCAUCUGCGGAGUAGGGGAAAUGGAGUCUAAAGCUCGACACUCAGUCAGCACUCUCGUUAGUUCCAGAGUAACGGAUUUCUCAAUAAAUGUAGAUUUUCUCAUUCUUCAACGACUGACGUCUGUUUUACCAGCAGCUAAUGUUUCCGUAUCAAAUUGGAAAAUUCCGGAGGGCAUUCAACUGGCAGAUCCAGAUUUCAACAUAAACAAUCGGAUCGACCUUUUAAUUGGUGCGGAAUAUUUCUAUCGGUUCCUUUACGAGCGACAGAGGAAUCAAAUUAGGUUGGGUCCUGGUCUUCCCAUUCUGGUGGAUACUGUUUUCGGCUGGGUGGUAUCGGGAAAGGCCACAAAGGAGAAGGCUACUUCUAUCAAUUGCUGUCUGGCCACAGCAUCGGAAAAUUUGGAAGGUUUACUCGAACGUUUUUGGGAGAUGGAGAGCUGUGAUGAUCGACCGGCUUGGUCGAAAGAGGAGCAAGAUAGUGAAGCUCACUUCGCGAAAACUCACAGCAGAUUGGACGAUGGACGAUACGUGGUACAGCUUCCGAAACAGCUAAAUUUCGAUAGGAUGUUGGGCGAAUCUAGAAAUAUGGCGCUAGAUCGAUUUAUAAAAAUGGAAAAACGAUUGGAUCGUGAUUUAGAGAUGAAAAAACAAUACCAUUCCGUCAUACAAGAAUAUUUGGACUUAGGCCACAUGCGAAAAUUGUCAGACGAAGAAGUGCAACUUGAGUCUGAUCGAUUGGCGAAGCAACAAGUAUAUUUCCUUCCGCACCAUGCGGUGGUUAAGCAAUCAAGCAGCACAACGAAAGUCCGUAUUGUUUUUGACGGGUCAGCCCGGUCUAAUAAUGGAUAUUCUUUAAACGACACUUUACUCAAAGGGCCGAUAAUUCAAGAUGAACUCUUGAGUCUUCUUAUACGAUUUCGUAAACAUGAAGUAGCGCUAGUGGCAGACAUCGAAAAGAUGUAUAGGCAGGUUCGCGUACAUUCUCAUGACACUUCACUUCAACGAAUUUUUUGGCGGUUUUCUCCUAACGAGCCUAUCGGCGUGUACGAGCUAUUAACGGUUACGUUUGGAUUAACACCUUCAUCAUUCUUAGCAAUCAGGGUACUUCAUCAGCUGGCGGUCGACGAAGGGCUUAAAUAUCCAAACGCGAAGGCAGUGCUGCUCAAGGAUUUUUACGUGGAUGAUUACAUUGGUGGGAGUUCUAAUAUCGAUGGAGCGAUUCAGUUGCGUACCGAACUAAACGAAUUGAUGUCCAAAGCGGCUCUCAAUUCUCGGCCGUUAAUGCCAUUAUCAGAUGAUCCCAACGAUCUGAAGGUAUUGACGCCGGCUCAUUUUUUGAUUGGGACUCCCAUGCAAGCUUUACCUGAACGUGAUGUGCGCAAUGUUCCCACCAACCGCCUCACCCACUACCAGCAACGACAGCAAUUGUUCCAGCACUAUUGGCAACGUUGGAGCAACGAAUAUCUCACCGAAUUGCAAGCAACCAGCAAGAAGCGACAGACAACAGCAGUUCAACAGGGAAACAUCGUGGUACUACGUGAAGACAACCUACCGCCGUUACGUUGGCCUAUGGCGAGAAUUAUCGACGUGCAUCCUGGAGCUGAUGGAGUGGUUCGCGUCGUAACCGUGAAAACGACCAACGGAAUCUACAAACGUCCAGUCAACCGAAUUUGUCCCUUGCCAUCCAGUUGCCAUAGUGGUAUUUAA